GGGAGGGGGAGGGCUUCUUCGAAGGAGGCUGCUUCUUAGAAGGCGCCAGCCUUACAUCUACAGAGGAGGCCCGCGCCUUCUAAGAAGCAGGGGUGCUUCUGUUUAAGGAGCCCUUCCCCCUCCCCCCACCCCCCUCUGCGCGUGGCUGAUUUUGUCCCCAACACCCGAGCGCCGAUGCACUGUAAGCCGACACCAGGCGCCACGCAGGCGGCGCGCCCUUGCGCGCCGCAGGCCCCCGCGGGCGGCGGCGGCGGCGGCGGCCUUCGGCCCCGCCCUGGCCAGAGGCCCGAGGGCGCCUCUGUACGCGGCACGCUCGAGGCGGCCGGUGGCCGCUCGAGCCCUCGCUUCUGGAGGGCGGCGGCCGGCCGGCGCGCUGAAGACAUGCAGUUGGAUAGCAGGUCGCCCUCAAUCUGCCGCGGCGGGGCCACGGGGAGGGGGCACGAAUGUGAGUGCGACUAGGAGGCGGCGUCUCACUAAAAGAUGCCUUCCUGCACGUGCGAGUUACACGGAUCGACCACGCAUGCGCUUCUCGCUGGCACAUAAGGCAUGCCAAAGGCCACGAGGAGGAGGAGGAGGAGGAGGAGGAGGGGGGGCAGGAUAAAGGAGGGAGCAAGAGGGCGGCGCUGGAGCCGCUCGCUGGGCGCACCGACGCCCUGACGCGUCAGGCAGGGACGCACCUGGGGAUCGGGGGGAAGCAGAUGACGUGGCUGUCGGCACAGUCGGCGCAGACAGAACAGUCCCCGAGGGGAACGAAUUCGCAGGCGGCGCUGGCCUCACACACGAUCUGGUGGCCGCUGUUGCCGCAGCAAGCCGAGCCAGGGCUGCCCACCACGGAGCCGUGGUCGGUCGAGCAGGUCGGCGAAGGCAGCGCGUCGCAGCGAGGCGCCGCGGUCGAGUCGUUGCACGACUCGCCGAGACCACAGACCACCUGCUGCCCUGGUGCGCCACAGCAGGAGUCUCCUACCUCUGCAAGAGGCAGAUGCUGGUUGUCCAAACCGAGACACGACGCUGGCGUGGGCGCUGGUGCUGGCGUGGGCACCAACGCUGGCUCUGCCGUCGGCUCAUGCACGGGUGCCGGCGUGGAGGGUCCCGAACUCGCUGGCGUGGGCGCCAGCGCCGGCUCCGCCGUCGGCUCCGACACGGGCGCUGGCGUCGAGGGUCCCGAGCUCGUCGAAUACGCCGCUCCAGUGGUGGAUGGCGUGGGCGCCAGCGCCGGCUCCGCCGUCGGCUCCGAUACGGGCGCCGGCGUGGAGGGACCCGAGCUCGUCGAAUACGCCGCCCCAGUGGUGGACGGCGUGGGCGCCAGCGCCGGCUCCGCCGUCGGCUCCGACACGGGCGCCGGCGUGAAGGGUCCCGAGCUCGUCGAAUACGCCGCUCCAGUGGUGGACGGCGUGGGCGCCAGCGCCGGCUCCGCCGUCGGCUCCGACACGGGCGCCGGCGUGGAGGGACCCGAGCUCGUCGAAUACGCCGCCCCAAUGGUGGACGGCGUGGGCGCCAGCGCCGGCUCCGCCGUCGGCUCCGACACGGGCGCCGGCGUGGAGGGUCCCGAGCUCGUCGAAUACGGCGCUCCAGUGGUGGAUGGCGUGGGCGCCAGCGCCGGCUCCGCCGUCGGCUCCGACACUGGCGCCGGCGUGGAGGGUCCCGAGCUCGUCGAAUACGCCUCCCCAGUGGUGGACGGCGUGGGCGCCAGCGCCGGCUCCGCCGUCGGCUCCGACACGGGCGCCAGCGUGGAGGGUCCCGAGCUCGUCGAAUACGCCGCCCCAGUGGUGGAUGGCGUGGGCGCCAGCGCUGGCUCCGCCGUCGGCUCCGACACGGGCGCCGGCGUCGAGGGUCCCGAGCUCGUCGAAUACGCCGCCCCAGUGGUGGACGGCGUGGGCGCCAGCGCCGGCUCCGCCGUCGGCUCCGACACGGGCGCCGGCGUGGAGGGUCUCGUGCUCGUCGAAUAUACCGCCCCAGUGGUGGACGGCGUGGGCGCCAGCGCCGGCUCCGCCGUCGGCUCCGACACGGGCGCUGGCGUCGAGGGUCCCGAGCUCGUCGAAUACGCCGCUCCAGUGGUGGAUGCUCGUCGAAUACGCCGCUCCAGUGGUGGAUGGCGUGGGCGCCAGCGCCGGCUCCGCCGUCGGCUCCGACACGGGCGCCGGCGUGGAGGGUCCCGAGCUCGUCGAAUACGCCGCUCCCGUGGUGGAUAAUGACGAUUCGGAAGGAGCGGAGGGCGUCGAUGUCGACGCUGGGACGUCGUCGCUGGUGGUCGAGACGGCGUCCGGUGGCGGCCCAGGAGGAGUAACCGGACCGCUCCAGCCACCCGUCGAGGGGGCUGGCGGCCCAGAAGCAGAAGGGUCGCUUGAGCCACCUGCCGAGGGGGCCGCCGCCGAGACUGCCCCCGCUGGUGAAUCGGGAGCGUCUACCCCCGCCUCUGCGCCCAGCGCUGUCAGCUGCGGGCUGGGUCGUUGAGGCGGCUCCUGGUGGCGGCUCGAGGCGGCCGCGGUCGAGGCGGCACCCGGCGGCGGCUCGGGAGCGCUGGCCCAAACACCGGAAUCCGAGGCCGAGGGCGGAGUGGCGGCCGCUGACAGCCCGGGCAAGCAGGGCCCUGUCGCGGGGACUCCACCGCCUCGCCCAGGCCGCGCCAGGAACCCGGCAGCCGCGCCGGGCUGCUCGGCGCUGGCCGCCAGCGGCCACGCGGCCAGCGCGAGCGCGGCCCAGAGCAUUUCGCUGCGGGUGGUCGGCGCUGGCGCAGAUGGGAGCGCCACAAGGCGGGCUUG